AUGAAGGAACUUAACUUCGAAUACAACGGUCUAAAAAUAAACUCCCAUGCUAAGAAAACAAGAGCUGCAAUUGUUGCAUUAUCUAAAAAUGAUGAAAUAUACCAAAUUGCACGCACGAUGGAACAGAUUGAAGACAGAUUCAAUGGGAAGUUUCAAUAUGAUUGGGUCUUUUUCAACAAUGAAGAAUUCACUCCUCAAUUUAAGAACUUAACUAGUGCAAUGGCAUCUGGAAAAGUGAAAUUUGGCGUUAUACCCAAAAAAUUCUGGUCCUAUCCUGAUUGGAUUGAUCAAGACAAAGCUGCAGAGACCAGAAAGAAAAUGGGAGAACAGGGUAUCAGAUAUGGGGAUCUAGAAUCAUAUCGUCAUAUGUGUCGCUUCAAAGCUGGGCUUAUGUUCCAGAUGGAGGAGCUAAAAGAGUACGAUUGGUAUUGGUUAGUUGAACCCAGAGUUGAUUUUACUUGUAAUAUUGACUAUGAUGUAUUCGAAUUCAUGGAGAAGAAUAAUAAGUUAUAUGGAUUCUCAAUCGCAUUUAGUGAAAUGAUGGAAACCGUGGAGACAUUCUGGGAUUCAAGCAUGGAAUUCCUAAAAAAGCACCCCGAUGCUAAAGACAAAGAAAGCUUCUUCGAAUUUUUAACCGAUGAUAAUGGGAAGACAUAUAAUGGAAAUCAUUAUUGGUCAAAUUUCGAAGUUGGCGACUUGAAUUUUUUCAGAUCUAAUGCAUAUAUGAAAUAUUUUGAUUAUAUGGAUAGAGCAGGUGGGUUCUAUUAUGAGCGUUGGGGCGAUGGGCCACUUCAUACAUUCGCAGCAUCUACGUUCAUCCCUAGAGACAAACUUCAUUUCUUCGAUGAUAUUGGAUAUAAGCAUGAAGCUUGGGAGACAUGUCCCAUAAGUGAAAAACAUAGGCUUAAACAGAAAUGCUCGUGCGACCCUAGGUCUGAUUAUAGGGUCGGGGGCCCAAAACCAUGGAUCGACUAUUAUAACUUAAUGGGGAUGGAAUAUCCAGAUUUUGGGAAGGUAUAA